GGGCACCGGUAACCACCAGUAAUCGUGAUCAUGAUCUGGAUCAAUUCGAUUAUGGAAUCCGGUCUUGUCUCAGACAAGCAUCCUUCAGAAAAGGUGCAGAAAGACUUUUGAUGAAGCGGAGUAUAUAGUAUACAUCUGCAAUGCUUCGCUCCAGGUAGAAACCUGUCAAGACCGCUCGACCCUUGCUAUACACUUCGAUAGCAGUAUUCCUUUGCUUGCUGCAACGGAACACUUUGAUCUGGGAGUUCCAACUGCUCAACCCACUCAUCUGUGGUCAAUCGUCCUAGGACUGUACAAGCUUCCUCUAAUCCGUGUUCCGAGGAGACAAAACCGCCCGUAGAUAUGAGAAGCUUCAUCGCUCUCUUGAGCUUCGCUGCAAGCACACAAUCUGUUGCACAUGCAUACUCGCAAUGUACAGAUUCAUCGGUCCAUCACACAACAACGAUAUUGAUACGGGACUUUACAUCGACACUCACGAGCAUUCCCACUCUUUCGAACGUAGCUUCGGGAAAAGGAAAUCAAAUCUCAUCGAGUUCGUUCGGCACACAUGGAUUAGCUUCUUCAGGCGAUAAUAUCGCGACGCGUUCAAGCUCCGGAAGUGCAGCUACAGGCGUCAUCAUCGGUAGUCCGUCUUCCAUCGUCGCAACGAGCGGAAGACCUCCUCAACUCUCGCUCUCAACUUCCGUUUUGCAGCCAAAUUCUCCCAUCUCCUUCGGAGCAAGUGGUCAAUCGCAGAUCAGGAGCUCCUUCCCAUUCCCUUCUUCCUCGAUAUCCCCUACCGCUCCUUCAGCAUCAACAUUGAGUACUCAAUCACGCUACAACUCUCCACCAACAAUGGCGACCUCUACCGCAUCAAUUACGACCGAAGCGACAUUGCCGAAACAUUCCGUAGUCGCAUUCACCGGUUCUUCAUCAACGAUAAGACCUACUGACGGGGCAAUUAUCACUGGUCUACUCUUUGUAAUGCUUUUUCUGUAGAUUUUCUGUACACAGCGUGGAGUUUAGAAUGAGGUUCUGUUCAAAUAGCGAUCAUGUUCACGUAGCAAUAUUUCUCGU